CAGUGAUCCCGCCUCCUCCUCGCCCUCAGUGAAUCUGGGAGAGCCUUAGCCGAGAGGAGCUAAUUCCUCUACGGGUGGAUUUAUGUGGGUUUUCGUAAAAUUUGAACAGACUGGAGAAACAUAGUUAAGAGAAGAAUAAUUUUUGGUGUUUUUACGGGUGGAUUUUCAUCAGCCCGAAUACUUCCAGCCUGUCUUCGACUCUCGGGAGAGUUUAGUUAGUCUGGUCGAUCGUAAUGUGGCUCAGGGGCUAAUCCUUGGACUUCAUUCAAUACUAAUUCAUCUCGAAGCGCUUCGUUUGGGCGAGCCGAACUGAUUUAACAACAACUCACGAGAAUGACAGAAUACAAGCUGGUAGUUGUCGGGGCUGGUGGCGUUGGGAAAAGUGCUCUGACCAUCCAGCUCAUUCAGAAUCACUUUGUAGACGAGUAUGACCCCACUAUUGAGGAUUCUUACAGAAAGCAGGUUGUGAUUGACGGAGAGACGUGUUUGCUGGACAUCCUGGACACCGCUGGUCAGGAGGAGUACAGUGCCAUGAGAGAUCAGUAUAUGAGGACAGGAGAGGGCUUUCUUUGUGUGUUUGCCAUCAACAACGCCAAGUCCUUUGAGGACGUACAUCUUUACAGGUACAUAGCCAAACACAUGUGGACAAACCGAUAUAUGUAAACAAUAUUCGGCAUCGGUUACCAUCA